CAAAUGUGGUGCUGCGACGCAAACAAGUCGUAACGUUAACAAUAACAAAGGAUGAAGAAUAAAUGAAGUUACAAACUUGUUUUGUGCUCGUUUGUGUCACAAGUCCACAUGUGACAGCGGUGCUUUUUUUUAAAGACUUGUUUUAGUUGUAGUAGGUUAGUUAACUAGUAGCGACGAUACAAAUGCGGUUGAAACGGGAAUGAACGAUCCAAUCAAAAGUUGCAAGCUGUGAAGGUGGAAGGUCAGCUUGCCACAUAUUAGGAUGAUUCGCAUAGCAGCACUAAAUGCUGCUUCGACAGCUGCAGAUGAGUCUCAAGACCCCUUGAGAAGUAGCAAGAGUCGGACAAAAGAGGCUCAGGAAGCUGAGGCGUUUGCUUUAUAUCACAAAGCUUUAGAUCUGCAAAAACAUGACAAGUUUGUGGAAUCUGCUGAGGCCUAUCAUGAGCUUCUCAAAACGCCACUGCUCAAAGAGGCCAUGCCCUCUGAUGAUCAGAAAGUGGGUCUCAAGCAUCCUGGACUGAUGUUGAAAUAUUCUACCUUUAAAAACUUGGCUACUAUGGCUGCAUUGCGGGAUGAUCUGGAGACUGCUAUGGAGUUUUAUUUGGAGGCAGUUAUGUUGGAUUCCACUGACGUGAACAUGUGGUACAAAAUUGGUCAGGUGGCUGUGCGACUGGUGCGCAUUCCUCUGGCUCGACAUGCCUUUGAGGAGGGAUUGCACUGUAACCCGGACCACUGGCCCUGCCUGGACAAUCUCAUCACUAUUCUCUACACACUCAGUGACUACACCUGCUGUUUGUACUUCAUCGCGAAAGCGUUAGAGAGGGACCAUUGUUACACUAAAGGCCUGGUGUUAAAGGAGAAAAUAUUUAAAGAGCAGCCCUGUCUGAAGAGGGACACAAUGCAGAUGUUCAUGAAAUGUGAUAUGUCUAUUCACUAUGUGGAAGUGGAGUUGGAAGAAAGCAAAUCCAUUGUGGAGGAGGCACAAGAGUUACGGAAGCGCAGACAGGCUCUCUCUCACUCUGAACCAAAACCAGACCUUGUCCUGGUUCAGCCCAUCCGCUGCCUGUCAUGGAAGCACGUGGGGGAGAGCCUUCUUGCAAUGUACAGACAUCAGACCACAUGUGAGCCACCUCGCCCAAGUCUUGGCCGCAGAAUUGAUUUGUCCGAGUACCGGGACCCAAACUUUCUCCAGAACCUCCCCCAACCCAGCAGCCCUGUCAGUGUGGGCCAGAUCACCGUGCUGAGCAGCAGCCCUAGCUCAUCUCUGCCGCCAAUGGCCCUCCCUGAGCCAGCAGUGCCGCCCCUACCCAGCAUUCAACCUCAAAUUACCCCAGCUCAGACCACUGUGGAGGUCACCACUUCCGCUCCCCCAAUUGUGACGGCAAUAGACGUUUCACUGACGGAUAAAGUGAAGAAAGCUCCGAAAAGGAAGCGAGUAGAAGAUAGUGGGGACACGGCCAAGCGGCGCUCGGCACGUGUUCGAAACACAAAAUGCAAGAAGGAAGAGAAGAUUGAUUUUCAGGAGCUGCUUUUUAAAUACCUGCCUUCCAGGCUAAAGAAGUUUGAUCCUGAUAAUGAUGACGAGAGUCUGAGUAAUCUAGACACUCAGUGCGAUAGGAAGGAGGACAUGCAGCCUCUACAUGGGAGUUGCCUGCCUGCUGACUCGGUGGAAUACAUGGAAUCUGAACAACAUGAUGUCCACAACUUCCUGCUCAAUAAUAUGACCAAUGGUGGUUUACUGGAUGUGAUGAUGCGCUACCUGAAAGCAGUGGGUCAGAAGUUCAUGGUGGAGUGGCCUCGGGGGCUGACUGCUGUGGCACUGGAGGUCCAUCAAACCUGGAGGAAGCACAGCAGUGGUCUUCCUAACCCUCUGCUUCGGGACUGCAGCAACCAACACAUCCGGGAAAUGUUGGCAAUGUCCUUGGCGUGUAUGGAGUUGCAGUUGGAGCAAUGGACACACAACAAAGGGAAGACUGUGUCUCCAAGAAGAAGCAGCAGCAGCAUUUGUCCCAGCAGUGAUGAAGCUGACUCCUUACCUGGGCAGCACUUCCAGAGUGAUUUGUUACUUCUGGCCUUAGGUUCAUCCCAAAGAGACCUGUUUGAGAAUGACUGGCUGGAUGUUAUGGUGCGCUGCUACUGGCUCAAGGCACGAUUCUUGGCUCUGCAGGGAGACAUGGAGUUGGCCCUGGAGAGCUAUGAUGUCUGUGUUGGUUUGUUGCAAAGCAAACCAAAGACCACUGAAGGGAAACAUUACACCAUCAGCCUGCCAAACCUUUGUGUAGAUGCAGCAAUCUCUGUAGAGGAGAUUGACAAGAGGCUGAAGUCUCUGGAGCGUUGCCAGUCUUUGGAGGAGAUCCAGCGUCUCUUCGAGUCAGCUGACUUCGACUCUGUUGUGCGCCUGCUGCAGCCCACUCUUAAUUAUGGCAACCGGAGUAAACCUCUAGAGUUUGUGAGCUCGGCACCAGAGCGGCCUGCUCAGCUGAUGCUACUGCAGAAUGCACUGUUGAAGCUGCAGGAUUACCAGCAAUGUUUUGAGUGCAGCGAGUUGGCUCUGAAUGAAGCCCUGCAGCAGCUCAACUCUGCUCCAAACAACUCUCCCCCCAGUAAAGAGGAGUGGGUCAGUACUAUUGGAAAGUUGCUGGAUAGCACUGAGAUCUGCUUCAUCAAGGACACAGAGCUCCUAAGCAAUGUCCCCCACUUCUCUUGUAUGGCUCGACUAGCAAACAAUCUAAUUCAGCUGAUCGAUCUGAGCAUGAACAAUUCCGACGAACCAAAGGAACCUUAUUUCUUCUCUGUUCUGCCUUGGAUCAUCUUGUAUCGCAUCAUCAAACACGAGGAGGCUGCUUUUAACUGUAUGCUACGACAGCAUAUAUCUGUAGGGGAUGAUGAAGAUGGCUCGGAUACUCCCAUGCUGCCCUCCUCCCUGAUGCUUCUGAACACAGCCCAUGAGUAUCUUGGCCGUCGCUCCUUCUGCUGCAACUCGAACGGUGCACUCCUCAAGUUCUAUGUUCAAGUUUUGAAAAAAGAGGUAGCAGCCUCUUCCAUCAAUGACUCUCAUCCCUACAAAGAGGAGUUGGAGAUGGCCUUGGAACAGUGCUUUUUCUGCCUCUAUGCCUACCCCAGUAAGAAGAGCAAGGCCCGCUACCUUGAGGACCACUCAUCUCCACAGGUUGAGUUACUGUGGUGUGAUGCCCUCUUCAUGUUCCAGUAUUUCAAACCAAAGUCACUGCCUGAGUUUGACAGCUAUAAGACCAGCACAGUGUCUGCAGAAUUGGCCAAUCUGCUGAGGAGGUUUGCUGGCAUCGCCCCCACAAGUGACUCCCCCAUUCUCACCAUGGAUGAAGUGGCAGCCUACAUAGAGGGCAUGACAGAAAAGGCCCCGUGUCUUCCUGAGGGUAGUGCUCCUGCACCUCUGAUUAUCAAUGAGAUCUACUACCUGCUGGCUGAUUACCAUUUCAAGAACAAGGAGCAGUCCAAAGCCAUCAAGUUCUAUAUGCAUGACAUAUGCGUGUGUCCCAACAGGUUUGACUCCUGGGCAGGUAUGGCUUUAGCCAGGGCCAGUCGUAUUCAGGAAAAGCUCAACUCCAAUGAACUGAAAAGUGACGGUCCGAUAUGGAAACACUCCCAGGCAGUGCUUAACUGCUUUAAGAGGGCCCUGGUAAUAGACAGCUCCAACCUGUCUCUGUGGAUCGAGUACGGCACCAUUUCAUAUGCGCUGCACACAUUUGCUUCAAGGCAGCUCAAGCAGUGGCGCAACGAGCUCCCCCCAGAGGUGGUUAAACAGAUGGAAGAAAGGAGAGACUCUAUGUUGGAGACAGCGUUUCAGUGUUUCCAGGGAGCUUCCCGUUGUGAGGGUGACAGUGAUGAAGAAGAGUGGCUCAUUCACUACAUGCUCGGGAAGAUAGCAGAGAAACGCAAACAUCCUCCUGUGGAAUAUCUGCAGCUUUACAAAAAGGCAGCCCACUAUCUGCAUGAAGAAGCUGCUCGGUACCCCCGAAAAAUCCAUUAUCAUAAUCCUCCUGACCUGGCCAUGGAGGCCCUUGAGUUGCAUUUCCGUCUCAGCACCACCACUCUAAAACUAUUAGAGGGGGAUGUGCCUGAUCGGGAACACGAGCUCUUUUUCAAUUUGCUGGUCGAAGCCGCUACUGGGCCAUUUGCCAGGGGGGAGGAAAAGAGCAUGCCAAGCAUGCCUAGGUCCCUUGAAAAGGAGAAACCCCCCUCCAUGACGGAUGAAGACUUUAAUUGCUCGUCUGUUUGCAUAGGAAACGUCCUUAGCUCCUCCCACAUGUCAGCUGCCACCCCAGGUCUGACAUCCCCGCCUUACGUGGCCACGCCGUUUGACCAUGAUUACGCCAAACGCAAAACACUCCGACGGCAGCAGUGGCAGCAGCAGCGGAAUGAGGAGCAGCAGGCUGAUGGUUCAACAUUUUCAAGGAGAGAGGCAUCGAAUCUGUAUUCAGUUGUCAAGACAGCCUCACCAGAGUUUGACCAUGAUUACUGCCUGCCCAGGUCUCCAAUGUGGCUGGCUUCCCUGAAUGAGCGCAGUCAGGACAGUGAGGUGGUGUUGCUCUCUGACUCUAACUCCACCCAGGAUGCCUUCACAGAUCCCACCAGCUCACAAGACAGCAGCCACAAACCUGCUUCUGGGAAAGCCAGUUCAUCCUCAUCGGAAAGGACGACCCCUGUGAAGGACGGACAGUUUGCAUCUGAGGACACAGUGUCACAUGGAGAACAUUCUGGCAUUCAGACGGAAGAAAAAGUUAUCCAGGAAGUAGUAGAAGCUGUGGUGGUGACACUCUCUGAAGCUUCAGAGCCCAAGGUAUCUGUGGAACCUUGCUCUCAUCCUCUGGCUGUCACAGCCACCCCUCCAAAGCCACCCACCUCUCAACAGACUGUUCCUCAAACCCCAGCCAGUGAGGGAAAAAGGAAGCCAGAGCCCCCAGUUGAGGUGAUCGAGGUGCCCAAGGCCUUGCCCACAGAUCUCGGCGACCAGAGACGAAUGCUGGUGGAAAUGUGUGUCCGCGCUCUCUUCCUCUGCCUUGGCCGCUUCCCUCAGCACUACAAGAGUCUCUAUCGCCUGGCCUUCUUCUACACCAACAGCAAGACCCAUCAGAAUCUACAGUGGGCCCGAGAUGUGUUGCUAGGAAGCAGUGUCCCAUGGCAACAGCUGAAGCACAUGCCAGCACAAGGACUUUUCUGUGAAAGAAACAAGACAAACCUGUUCAAUGGCAUCUGGCGUAUUCCAGUGGAUGAGAUUGACCGCCCAGGAAGUUUUGCUUCUCAUAUGAACCGAUCCAUUGUCCUCUUGCUGGAGGUGUUGUCUCAGCUCAAGGAUCACGAUACUCUGGUGAAAGUCUCUUUUAUGCUGCAGAGAACCCCUGACCAGGGAAAGAAGUAUUUACGGGAUGUUGAUCGCCAGGUUUUGGCCAAGCGAGCAUUCUUCCUAACUGUAAAAGUCCUGGAGGACAAUCUGAACAGUCUCAAAAGGGUGUCUGAGCAGCUUCACAAAGCGCCUGUGCCCUCAAUGGGGGAGAUGACCACAACGGACGCAUCCAACAGGCCCAGUUCGGAGGACGGCAAACAUGCUCCACCUAAGAAGCCUGGGAUCACAGAGGGAGCCUGUGCCACUGAUACAGGGCCCAAGGAAGAAUCCCAGGCACAACUCACUCCACCACCGCUAGCCGUAGAUAAAGGGAGUAAAGUUCAGGAAAUCUACCCUGGGAAGGUAGAGACUGCUGGGAGUGAGGGACACAAAGCAGGGCCAGAGGAGCCCAUGGAGCUGGCCACUGGCCCCUGGAGGAGGCCCUCUAUUACCACAGAUUCUCAGGGCAACCAAAUGGAGGCUGAGACCUCCCUGAGUGUCAUGGAGCCCCAGCAGAAAGUGACUGACAGCAGCCGGACCCCAGAGUUGUCUCUAGAGGAGUUAAGCAUCAGUUCCAGGCAGCAGCAGCUCCAAGCCUCGACAACCAAGGUCACUGUGGCAGCCAGCGGGACUGAUCCGGGGCUGCUCCGACGGCCAAACAGGAAAAGAAAGCUUCUUGACGAUGUGGAGUCCGGAAAAACUUUGCUGCUUGAUGCCUACAGAGUGUGGCAGCAAGGCCAGAAAGUCAUGACCUACGACCUGGCCCGCAUUGAAAAGAUCAUGUCAGAGACUUAUAUGCUCAUGAAACAGGUUGAUGAGGAUGUAGCUCUGGACCAAGCUGUGAAGUUCUGCCAGAUACAGUUGGCCACUUCUGCCCAAAGACAGUCUGUAGGCGAUGCCCCGACCACACCUAAGUACACCAAGGACAUCUUCUUCCCCGCCUCCCUGUCGACACCUGUCCUGCUCAGCCACACCACCUGCCACCCGCUGUCCACCCCGGAGGGUCUAGCCAAAGUGGUAUAUGAGCCCUUGAGCAAGUUGCCCAGACCUCAAGCCUCGGGCUUCCACGACCAGCCACAGCACAGGAGAGCCGCUAGCCACCCUGCAGCAGCCAUGGCGUUCCUACCACACACAGAUGACCGGGAGGAGCCCUCAGAGGGACUUGCGUACCGACAGCAGGAGUCGCACCUUUGUCAGCAGAUGAAACUCGCCACUGUAUCCCAAGGCCAAGAGUCGGCAGCAUCCUGGUUCCAGGAGGAAACCGCCACAUGUAGCACCGCACAACCUUGCCCAGACCAGCAGCAGUAUGCCAGCGAUGAUCAGUCUAAACUUCCAGACCCCAGCCGAAUCCGCUCCCGCGUCCCCCACAACAUGCCAAAGCUCUUCAUCCCUUCCUCCGUCACAAAGUUCCCACCAGAAAUCACAGUAACACCUCCGACUCCCACACUUCUGUCCCCUAAAGGCAGCAUCUCAGAGGAAACCAAACAAAGACUUAAGAACGUCAUCUUGUCGUCUCAGUCUGCGGCCACAGUCAAAAAGGACUCCCUGAGCCAGCCGGCUCUGGAGGUGCAGGAGACGUCGAGCCAGGAGUCGUCUCUUGAAAGCGAGUCGGACGAAGAGGACGAUUACAUGGACAUGUGAGCCACUGAAGGCCUCGAAGGCACGCUGAAACCAACUAAAAAAAAAAAUUUAAAAAAAAGCAGUAUUCUCAUCGCCCGCCAUGUCACCGUGCUGCCCUGCUUGUCAGCAGUGAUGGUGCAUAAAACGGAUGUCGAUGGCUUUUUAAUCCUGCAGCAUGUCGGUAAUGUGCCAUUUAUGCAUAUUGACAUCAGUGUAUCCAGCUCUCCUGCACUCCACUGGAUCUGGCACAGAAGACGUUUAGCCUUUUAAAGCCGACCAGUUCCGUGUUUGUUUAUUUGUUAUGUGGUGUGCCGAGUCCAUCUCCAAGCUGCAGCUAAUUCCUCGUCUGAGAACUUGACAAUCUGAGGAGCCUCAGUCUGUACCUGCUGUCCAACACUUUGAUCCCUUUGGCGGUUUCACCUGCAACACACGUCGCAUUGCUACACAACAUGUACACAACAUAUUCCAAUGAACACGAGAGGGAAAUGAGGACAGUCGGCUGCAUUCGAGGUUCACCUGUGGAGCCUCACAACCUGUAGCAGAUUAGAAAUGUUUACACUGAACGUUUGGGAUGUUUUUCAGUUGACACUUAACUUUGUGCUAUUUUUGUAUUCUUGUAAUAUUUUGUCCGAUAUAUAUAUAUAUAUAUAUAUUUUUAUUUUCUUUUGUGUGCAUUUGUAGCGAAGAGGAACAGUUCUUACCAGGAAGACGUCCCGUCACCAGCACUGAUCUGAAUGAUGUUAUGAAUCAGCUUUUGUACAUAUCACAAUCCGAACACCCUCUCUAAUGUGUUUUGGCUUUAAUGGGUUGAGUAUUGCGCUUUAUUUUCAGUCGACUCAGGAAGCGACUUGCCUUCGACAGACGCUUCACAUGAUCGUUCCUGAUUUCAGUGGACUUUAAAAACCUUCCGAGGAUGACUUUCUAAUACAGAUGCCUUUCCAUUGAAACCAUUUUGGUAAAUUUGUCACAAUUCUAGCUAAACUCAGAGGAAGACAACAGAAUGUUUUUUACAGAUUGUUUUCUAUAAAAAAAAAAAAAAAAAAAAAAGAUGAAGAAAGAUAUUUACUGAUUGUGUUUCUUGAAAUCUGUCGCAGAAUCAUUUUUAAAAAAAGACACACAUUAAUAAUUGAAAACUAUCACCCUUGGAAAAAAGAGGAUUGGAUUGUUUUUUUUGUUGGUUUUGUUUAUUUUAUAUUGUAAGAUUGUACAAUUGUUUAUUGUAUGGCUCAGGCUGCUGGAGGGGAACUGUUCUCCAAGUCUGGCAUGAAUGCAUUAUAGAUGUCAAGCCAAAAAUAUAUUUGAGAAACACA